UGAGACAACUCAUCUUACAAGUGGCCCGCGGUGAAGAGAGGCUUUCCUCAAGUUUUAUACAUCCUUUUCUUUCGGAUAAUAAACUAAUUGAAUCUAACCGUCCGGGGCCCGGGACACCGAGAAAAUGGCUGCUCUUUCAGCCUGGUUCUGGAACGAGAGGUUUUGGCUCCCACACAACGUAACCUGGGCGGAUCUGGCAGACCCAGCUCCCGGGGUGGAGUACCCCAAAGCUGGACACUUGUUUACUGCCCUGCCGCUCGCUUUGGGGAUAUUCGCCGUCAGGAUACUCUUCGAAAGAUUUAUUGCCAGUGCCUGUGCCCGGAGUCUCCACAUCAGUCCAGGUGUUGGACGAAGAGCUCAGCCCAAUGCAGUGCUGGAGAAAGUGUUUACAUCCAUCACAAAGAAUCCAGACACUCGCCAUCUGGAUGGCUUGUCUAAGCAGCUGGACUGGGAGGUACGGAAGGUCCAGCGUUGGUUCAGACACCGCAGGAACCAAGACAAACCCAGCACACACACUAAGUUCUGCGAGAGCAUGUGGAGGUUUACAUUUUAUUUGUGCAUAUUUAUCUAUGGAUUCCGGUUUCUGUGGCAGUCUCCUUGGAUGUGGGAUACACGGCAUUGCUGGUACGGUUAUCCCUAUCAGGCCAUGACUCUGGGUCUUUACCACUACUAUGUGACAGAACUGGCUUUCUACUGGUCACUUAUGUUCUCCCAGUUCACUGACAUUAAAAGGAAGGACUUCCUGAUCAUGUUCAUCCAUCACCUGGCGACAGUCGGCCUGGUCAGCUUUUCUUACGUCAACAACAUGGCACGAGUUGGGAGCCUCGUGAUGUGUGUACACGAUGCCUCUGACUUCCUGCUGGAGGCAGCCAAGCUGGCCAACUACGCUAAAUACCAGCGCCUGUGUGACUUCCUCUUCAUUGUGUUUAGUGUGGCAUUCUUCAUCACACGACUAGUUAUAUAUCCAGUAUGGGUCCUGAACUCCACUAUGUUUGAGAGCUGGGCCAUAGUUGGGCCAUUCCCGUCCUGGUGGCUCUUUAACUUCUUGCUGCUGGUCCUCCAAGUGCUGCAUAUCAUCUGGUUCUACCUCAUAGCCCGUAUAGCUGUCAAAGCCAUGCUGCGGGGCAAGGUGUGCAACGAUGUCCGCAGUGACAUUGAGAGCAGCUCUGAGGAAGAGCGCGACACGCCCACAGAAGGCCUCAAGGCUUCUCCUCACAGUCCCAAAGGAGAAAACGGCACCAACGGCCACUGUGCUUCUGCCAAAGCUCGAGUGCAGAACCACAGCAGCUGGUGACAUGAAGCAGGGAGCCCCCUGCAGUUCAUCCCUCACAACCAAGUCUCCAAGAGCUUUGUUUGUCUUAUGACAUUCCCUUGAUGUGCAAAGCUCACGCCCACACACACACAUACAAUCCACUAUCACACCGACAGUGAGAGCGCACAGAUUUAUGAACUGAAGAUGGAUAUGCAGACACCUGACGUCUGCUUUGAAGAGCCCUGUAAUGACACAUGACACAACUCGAGAGGUGACAUGUAAAAGCCUAGAUGAUAUGGAAAUCAGUUGAAGCAAGUGAUUUGCUUCAACUUAAUUUUCAAAUGAUGGGAUUUUUUUUUGUGCUGAGUUUGGCUGUAGAUGUAAAUUGGUUUCAAUGUUCUCUCCCAGUUUUAUUGGUCAGAUGAACUUGAUUAUUUUUGUGUUGAGGGUUAAUUCACACUGGACCACAAAGGGCAGAAAAUCUGUGGGUUCAAACUCUGAAGUUUGCAUUUCUACUGCGUGAUGUUACAGCAGGUAUUAUAUGUAUAAAUAAUUGUAUUGUUAUGGCUGUGAUAUAUCUUUCAGUUCACUCCAAUGUCAAACGUACAUAUUCUUCCUUCUUACCUAUAGAUUAUUUUGGUGUGAGUUGCUAAGUGUUGGAGAUAUCAGCCAUAGAGAUGUCUGCCUUCUCUCAAAUAUAAUGCAACUACAUGGAACUCAGCUUGUGAUGUUCAAAGCACCAAAAAAAAAAAAAAAAAAA